GAUACUAUCUAUUCUGCAAAAAUGCCACAGUUGAACGGUGGUGGUGGGGAUGAUUUGGGGGCCAAUGAUGAGAUGAUAUCGUUUAAAGACGAAGGCGAGCAGGAAGAAAAGAUAUCCGAAAAUGUGUCAGCGGAAAGGGAUUUGGAUGAUGUGAAAUCCUCCUUAGUGAACGAGUCGGAAAACAACAGCAGCUCAUCCGACUCAGAGCAAGCAGAAAGGCGCCCCCAAACCAGACCCGACACAGAAAGUUAUGAGAGAGCGAGAGAAUACUUCAAUGAAGCGCUGAGGAGACAGCAAGAUGGUGGCUUUUUUAAGAGUCCUCACUAUCCUGGCUACCCGUUUCUCAUGAUCCCAGACCUCAGCAACCCCUACCUAUCAAACGGCUCACUGUCCCCGAGUGCAAGAACAUACCUGCAGAUGAAAUGGCCUAUUUUGGACGUCCCUGGAUCUGCAGGACUAAAAGACUCCCGUUCUCCAACUCCAGGGCAUUUAUCCAAUAAAGUCCCAGUGGUGCAGCAUGCCCACCACGUCCACCCACUGACACCCCUCAUCACCUACAGCAAUGAACACUUCUCCCCCGGCACGCCGCCAUCACACCUCUCCCCGGAGAUCCUCGACCCAAAGACAGGUAUUCCUCGGACACCUCACCCCUCAGAGCUCUCUCCAUACUACCCGCUGUCUCCUGGUGCUGUUGGUUCCAUCGCACACCCUCUGGGCUGGUUCAUGCAACAGCAGGGCCAGCCCAUGUACUCCAUCCCUCCGGGGGGAUUCCGUCAUCCCUAUCCAGCGCUAGCCAUGAAUGCAUCCAUGUCCAGCUUGGUGUCCAGCCGUUUCUCCCCUCACAUGGUGACUAGUCCGCACAGCCUCCACCAGACGGGCAUUCCUCAUCCUGCCAUCGUCUCCCCGGCUAUCAAACAGGAGCCCAGUGACAUGAGCCCCUCGAUGCAUGCCAGGAAAUCCCCUGUUCCUCCCAAGAAAGAAGAGGACAAGAGGCCUCAUAUCAAGAAACCUCUGAAUGCUUUCAUGCUGUAUAUGAAGGAGAUGAGAGCCAAAGUAGUGGCAGAGUGCACUCUGAAAGAGAGCGCUGCCAUCAACCAGAUCCUUGGAAGACGGUGGCAUUCCCUGUCAAGAGAGGAACAAGCCAAAUACUAUGAGCUGGCCAGAAAAGAGAGGCAACUCCACUCUCAGCUCUAUCCAGGGUGGUCAGCAAGAGAUAACUAUGGAAAGCGGAAAAAGAGGAAGAGGGACAAUAAACCCGACUCGAAACCAGAAGACUUCUCGAUAAGAAGCAAGAAGCAGUGCGUGCAGUACCUGCCCUCGGACAAGAUGUGUGACAGCCCAGCGUCGUCCCACGGCAGCAUGCUGGACUCCCCGGCCACUCCCUCUGCAGCCCUGGCCUCCCCGGCUGCCCCCGCUGCCACUCACUCCGAGCAGGCCCAGCCGCUAUCGCUCACCACCAAACCGGAGCGACACAUGCACCACCACUUCUCCCUACAUGGAAAGGCUUCUGGAUCCACAUCCUCCUCUUCUUCCUCCUCCUCUUCCUCCUCCUCCUCUCAUACCCACCACUCAAUCCCAAUUGGUACUUCAGGUAGCCAUUCGACCACACCCAUCCUCACCCGGCCAAUCCCCUUCACCUCUCUGCACCCAUCCAUGCUCUCCCCCCCUUCCCCUUUCCAUCAGGCAGCCCUUCACUCCCAUCAUGCCCUGUUCCAGUCGCAGCCCCUCUCCUUGGUUACCAAACCAACCGAAUGAAACCGCAAAGGCAAUUUUCUCCCAUUUAUUGUGCUGUAUAUUGCUUUUCUUUAAACUAGGUAUUAGAACAGCUUUUUUUCUAAAUAAUGAAAAGGAAGAAAUAUUAUUGGUCAAUAUUUGACUAUCUCCUUUUCUACAACUCUGAAUGAAAACGAAAUGUAUUUUUUGUAAAGUUUACUGCAGAACUGGUUUCUUUUUGAUGCAUUUAUCCAAUGAACUUCUUGUAUAAAAGAACCAAUGUACAUAACGUUUCUUUAUAAAAACAAAAAGGAACAAAAACAUGUUUUCUUUUUAGCCAAAACCUGAUUAAUGUUAGUAUUAAGUUUAAGUCAUAGUACUGGCCAAUAAUUGCAGCCCCCUUUUCAAUUCACGAGUGUGUGCCCCUUUCUUUGACAUGUUAAAUAAACAUUUGAAAUUGUUUCUUAAAAGAAAUGUCUCUUUUUGUAUUUUUGCGUUCUGUCAGCCCAUGUUUUUGUCAUUUA